AUGAUUGAUUUAUCGAGAUAUCAAGUAGUUUUGGGUAGCACUUCUGAGAGGAGACUACAGAUACUUAGCGAUGUCCUUAAGAUCAAUUGUGAAGUAAUUAAACCAGAUUUUGAAGAGAACCUAUCAAAAUGUCUUCCACCCAGAGAUUAUGUUUAUGGAACAUCUAAAGGUAAGAUCGAUGCUAUCAUCAGAGACAAUACUUUUGAAAAACCAACAAUAGUUAUAUGUUGUGAUACGAUAAUAGAUUGGAAUGGCAAUAUUUUGGAAAAGCCUAUCACUAAGUCCAAACAAUUGGAGAUGUUUGAAAAUUAUAAAACAAAUCCACAUCUACAUGUAUUAUCAUCGAUUCAAGUGGCCAGAGUAGACAAAGAAGUUGAAAUUGUGUCCGAAGUAGUUGAAACAAAAUUGACAUUUGAUUCAGGUCUAUCACAAGACGUUGUCCAGUCUUACAUUGAAUCCGAAGAAGGACUUAACGUGGCUGGAGGAUUUAAAUAUCAGGAAUCAGGGAAUAUUUUGUUCAACUCUCUUCAGGGAGACUAUUUCAAUGUAGUUGGAUUACCUGCAAAGGUAACAUUCAAGUUGAUUCAUGAUUUAGUAGUAUGA